UUGUUCUUUCAUUUUGCAAAGGCAUCGAAGCAAUUCUUUUAAUUGCGCAUCAAUUUUCUUCACCAACUAAUUGUUGCACAUACUUAAAUAGGCUUGAAUACGCAUUACAAGUUAUGAACUUACAAGCCCUUGUCAGUUUGAAAAACACAGCGGCGCAAGUUAGAGAAAGAUAUUACAAAGAAGCACCUUGGGAUACGGUAGACUUUCUACCUCCAUGUUAUAGAGCAUUCGGCGGAACGGCAAAAUCGCAUCGUCAAUGAAGCCUUUAAUUGAGAACGCAAGCCUACGUAUAUAUGUGUGAAUAAAUGAAUAUAUUGUACGCCAGCUUACAUCGUCAUAAUUGUUUGUAUAUACUCUAGUUUUAGAAGUAAAAGCUCAUAUUAUAUCUUAUUAUUUAUGAGAAAUUCAUAAUUCUGAUUCUUAAUUAUUGGUGUUAAUGUAAAUGCAGUGUAAAGAUCGUGCCACAUCGCUAAACUUUCAUGUUCUUUUUGGUUUCUACUAUCAAUUCCCUGCUGGGAAUCAAUUUAGAUGUAUGCACGACAAUCCGAUUUCUUCUUUGAAACUCUGCAUUGACUUCGCUGAAAUUAUUCGAUCCUGGAUUCCUAUAUACUAAAUCCUUAUCGAAGAAUCAAAUAAAUGAUUUAUGAAAUCGUAAAAAAGAUGCCAUUUAAAUAUUUCGAUUUGUUUAAAAUUUUGCUCGUUGGUGCAUUCUGAUCUCUGACACAAAGAGGUGUGCUUAAAACCCAUUGCGAGUUCCGAAAAGUAGGCGACGAAAAACAGUUGAUAAACAGAAUUCAUCUUUUAGAUUGAUCACAGGACUAUAUUCUGAAAUAGUAUGCAAAAAUACCCUUGGAUCUUUUGUCGAACAGGAGUCAGUGUGUCGACAGUCGUUAAAAUUUACAUGCUUUAAUAAAUCUAAAAGAACACAAACCAGACAUCGCCGUAAAAGUUCCUGACCCUUUCUUAAUCAAUACGACUGUGAAAAGGUCAGCCAACCUUACCUUGAACCUAAAGUUUAUGUUACUUCAAUUUUGAAUAUGGGAUGUCGUAAAAAAGUGAAGUUUACCAGCAUUUGAACAACUAAAACUAAACUAAUAUUGGGUUGUUAAGUAGAGUAGAAAAUUACUACAAGAACCCGGGAAUUAGUUCAGUGUACCACAGUAAACUGCCAAAUCUUAACAAAAGCCAUUGAUGUCCAUAAAAGCGAAAUUUGAAAGAUUUCUCGCCAAACGUUAAGUCACGCAAUCUUGGAGCCGUUUCCACUACCGUUUAGAAUCAGGCGAGGCAUUUUUUCCCCUUUUGUCAAAAUGCAAAUGGGCGAGAAUAAAAAUUCCGCACUCUGAAGUGUUUAAAGUGAAAAAUAAUAAUAAAAGUUCUUGUUUAUGGUUUGUGAAAUAAUUUGAAAUGUUCGCGGAUGUACUCAUUGCGUAAUCAAGUAUGCAUACGGAUGUUUAUUUCACUAUUUAAUGACGGUUUCUGAAGCUUAAGCAUUCAGUUGAAGUACGGACUAACAGAAAGAAUAAUGCAUACACUUGCAGAUAUAGCAUUAAUAAUCUUGUUUCUAUACAGUGUGGUAGGCGAUGAAAGUGCUGAAGUCGGCUUCAACAGCAACCGUACAGGAAGGAGCUCAGAUAAAUUUCAGGAUUUUAAUCAGCGUUCUUUAAAGAAAUCAGAUGGAUAUUUCAAAACUGACGAGCAAUCGGACAUAGCAGUACCUAAAACUCCAAGAGGUUUUAUGGAUUUUGUGAGCGGGGACGACAAUACCCAGUCUAGAAACACGGAACCUGUCAGAAGCAGCUGGUCACCAUACUACUUACCACCUCUGACCGAUUACAUACAGAGUGGAUCGACUCCAGAAGACAAGGUGUGGAAGAGAGAAGAUGACUAUGAUCAACUUCCAUCAAAUUAUAACCCUGAUUACACAAAAAUGUAUAUGAUGAUGCAGGCAAUGAAAAAGAUGGAUUCUGGUAGUUCUAAGCCAGGAGUUCUGACUAGAAUUUUGGACAAUCCUACUACUCUAGUAAUGGCCACCUUUAUUCCAAUAUCUCUCAUAAUUGCAGCUUCAUUGCCAUUAAUAAUGAAUGUCAUGAUGAAUGGUAUCACCAUACCUGCUUUGAUUCCUUCACCAAAUGGAGCAAGGACAAGGGGAUUUAUAUCGGGAAACACCACUGAUAUUCUUGGUUCCGUUUUAGAAAGUUUUGUGGAUUUCAGUGCAAGGUAUGUUGAUAGUCCUGAUUGUCUCCAGAGAAUAAUUUGCAAUAUGGCGGUGAAAAAUGAUGAAAACGCAGUUCCUGGAUCAAAAUAUUUGAAACGAGCCACAAAAAUAGCCAGUUUGAUUGUAAACGAUGAUAUUCUUAAUACAUUUGGCGUUAAAAACCUGGUACAUUCCAUUAAAAAGGGUACUUGUGAUGAAGUGAAAUGCGGUAAAAAUGACAAAAACUUUUCAAAGUUUCUGGAGCUGGUUAAGCAAGAAGUACAUAAUUACAGUUAUAAGACAUUGCCGAAGUUAGGCUAAAUUCUACCAACUCUUGGCAUGCACCUAAUAAAUGUAUAGAGCAUAAGAGUAAGUUAGAAGUUUUUAGUUUGAUGUAUUUGAAAAAAAUUGCAAGUUUGUUUUACCUUAUUCUCGAAUACAUUAAACAUAGUUAACAUUUUCCAUUCUGCCAUAAUAUUAACAUGUUAAUUUUGUUGCUCAUUUUAUGAUAUGUAUUUAAAAUUUAUUUUUCAAUGCAACAAUAUGUGCGUUUUUAACGAGUUUUUUCUUAGUGUUUAGUUCUUAGAUACAUAAUAUAAUGCAAAUGUUCAGUAAUUAACAAAUAUACCUAUAUUAAGUACCUAACCAAAAUGCUAACUUAUAACAUUAUUGAGUGCUGUUACGCACUUUGUUAUAAAAGUCGUACAUUAAAUAAUGCAAAAAUAUAAUUUUUCUUUAAAAAAAAUCAUUGACAACUUGUUCUUUAGUUAGUUCUAAUCACAAAAAACUUUAACUUGUUGUACAAAACGUCUAAUUUAUUGUUUUUCCUGCCGUUAGCAGUUUGUUUAUCUUUUAUUUUUUAGUUUACCUGUAGUACGUAUGAAAUAUAAUUGCUGUUUUUUUAGUGUACAGAUUUAUCCGACUACGAUUCUUGACAGUUUAAAGAAAAUAAUAGAAUUUAUUUGAAAUUAUUGAAGUUAAAAUAUGAGAAGCAAGUUAAUUCGAUAUUCAGUGGUCUAGUCUGUGGUAUAUUUAGCUGUGAUAUACUUGAAAUAUAUGGCUUACCAUGUCUGUUUAAGACCUCAGAUUUAUAUUACAUGUUAAAAAAGAAAGCUUUUUUUAAAAAAAUAAUUUUAGCCAAAAUGCUGUUAAAUUUUACUUUUACAUUGAAGGACCAAAAAUAUUUUUCUAAUUUAUGCAUAUUAAGAACAAUAAUAAUUUUUGUUCGUGUAACGUCCAAAUAAUGCUUGUCUUUUCAUCAUAAGUAUGAUAAUUUAUUAAUGAAUUACGAAUAGCUAUUUUUAUUUUCUUUAUGAAAAAUAUCCAUGAGAUUCGAAUUGUUGUAGCUAUUUUUAUUUUCUUCUAUAAGACAGAUUUUACAUUCUAAAUGUAAUUUAUUGAGAAUAAUAAUUCAGAUAUAUGAUUAAAAUAACGAUAAAUUUGCAUUAUGUAAAGUCAAACUUUUAAAUAAAAGCGUAAAAAUACUAUUUGCAGAGGUUAAAGGCGAAAUAUUAUAAGUUAGCUAAUUACAUCAUAUGUUUAUUAAUCUUCAUAUGAUUAGUUUCAAGAAUGUAAAUAAAUGCAAUAUUGCUUUAUAAUGGUUUUUUUGACAAGCAUGAUUUUAAAAUUUAAUAAUUUAACAUAAUUUAAUGUUCAACAUAAAUUUAAUUUUAUCAUUUUUUGUAAAAUUGAAAGUAAAGUGACAGGCCAAACCUAAAAGCAUAUUGUUUUAACAUUAUUGUAUAGAAAUAUCAAUAAUAUAAAUUUAGAACUUUAUUUAUAUUCAAAAUUAAAAAAAUGUACUAGCCACGAUCAUUUCGCACAGCUAUGUUUUCAAUUUGUGUUUCUAACUUGUAAUUUUGUAGUUUCAAAUGUUUCAGUUUUCCUUCUCAACUUGUGUAAGUAUCGAUUAUAUAAAAAAUAAAAUUUUUGUAUGAAUUUAUGUAAGAAACUGUGUCUUUUAAGACUUGACAUAAUGUUUGAUUGUGACUAUUUAAAAUGUUAUGUAAUAAAGUAAAAAAAAAUACUA